CUUACAAUUGAAAAUUCACCGAGUGACGAGAGUUUUCUUCUUAAACUGUGUUUCGGACGGACUCAAAACACGGCGGCAACUGCGCAGUAUUUAAAAACCGUAAUUGAUAUCUCAGGGCGCUGGAUUUAGUGAAACAACGCAGAUAUCUGUACAUGUUUACGUGUUUAAGGGCCACAGAGCAUUAAACCCCUAGAAUCCGGAAGAACUUUUGGAGUUUUCUACAAGAAAUGACAACCACAGAGGAUAUUGGCUGAGAUAAUGGAUGAUGAAGAUAAACCAAACUCAGAGUACCAAAGCAAUCCAAGUGUAUGGACAACCUCUCCAGCAGCUUUACCACAGAAAUUGAAUUCAAACCAGCAUUUGAGAGAUUUUGAAGCAAAAUCAAACCAGCAAUUAAGAGAUUUCGAGGCUAAAUCAAUUCAGCAAUUACGAGAUUUCGAAGCGAGUUCAAAUCUGCAAUUGAGAGGUUCCGAGACAAAUUCAAAGCAGCAAUCGGGAAGAUUCGAAGCGAAUUCAACACAUCAAUCACCAAUAAUAAAAAACAAAACUGAGAAACAUUCAAUUGUAGAUGAUGAGGAUAAACCAUACUCAGAGUACCAAAGCAAUCCAAAUGUAUGGACAACCUCUUCAGCUCCUUUACAACAAAUUACAGUCCAUCAGGAAUUUAGUGGAUUCGAAGGAAAUACAAAGCAGCAAUGGGGCAGAUCUGAAGAGAAUUCAAACCAGCAACUGAGUGGAUUCAAAGAGUAUCCUCAAAACCAGCAAUUGGACGGGUUCAUAGCGAAUCCUCAAAACCCAUACAUGGUUGCUCCAGAACAAAUGACAAUGGACGAGCGACCACCCCAUGACUUUAUGCAUAGAGCUAUUUGUGUGACCAUUUGCUGUUUCUGGCCCACCGGUAUAGUUGCAAUUUUGAAAGCCAGUGAGGCUCGAAAUGCCUAUGCUAGAGGGGAUAUCGAAGCUGCCAAGAGGAGUACACACGAGGCUCACCAAAUGUCCAACAUCUCCAUAUUAAUAGGGCUGGCCUCAUUUCUACUAGUCUUGAUCAUUGUGGGUAUUUUAAUCGGUACUGGUAACUGAAAGUGACUCCACUCGGGUUCUGAGGAAAACUGCGGCCAAUAUAAUCAUCUAAAUCAAAUAUAAUUACAGGAUUGAGGAGAAAA